AUGUCGGGCCGCGGCAAGACCGGCGGCAAGGCCCGCGCCAAGGCCAAGUCGCGCUCUUCGCGAGCGGGCCUCCAGUUUCCCGUGGGCCGCGUGCACCGGCUGCUGCGGAAGGGCCACUACGCCGAGAGGGUGGGCGCCGGCGCGCCGGUCUACUUGGCGGCGGUACUCGAGUACCUCACCGCUGAGAUCCUGGAGCUGGCGGGCAAUGCGGCCCGCGACAACAAGAAGACGCGGAUAAUCCCCCGCCACCUGCAGCUGGCCAUCCGCAACGACGAGGAGCUCAACAAGCUGCUGGGCGGCGUGACGAUCGCCCAGGGAGGCGUCCUGCCCAACAUCCAGGCCGUGCUGCUGCCCAAGAAGACCAGCGCCACCGUGGGGCCGAAGGCGCCCGCGGGCGGCAAGAAGGCCACCCAGGCCUCUCAGGAGUACUGA